GGCAAAAAAAAAGUGGCUAGAUUUGUUGGUUAUGUUCAGCUUGAACCGUUGAAGCUUUUUCUUUGGUUUGCAAAAAUUCCAAGUCACCUCUGCCACUGAUCACAUACCCAACAAUGGUCUUUUCUGUUAUGUUCUCUCCCUCUCUCAACCUUGCCAUUUCUUCCACCACAUACUGUUGCAGAAAAAGAAGAACAUCAUCAACCACAAGCAGAGUUACAGUGAGAGCUAGCUCCACAGAGAAGGGUGAAUCCAAAGACAAAGAUGCCCCAGAAUUCAACCCUUUUGGGUUUGUCACUGACAACCCUUCUAGCCGCAGUGCUAUUCAAUUACCUGAAAGCCCUGCUGAGGAUGGCAACGUUGGCCAAAUGCUAUAUAGGAUAGAAGACAAGGGCAAGGAAUACGGGUCAUACGUUAAAUCUGGCAAGUUAAGAUGGUUUGUGAGAGAAACAGGAUCAGCAGAUAGCAGAAGAGGAACAAUUGUGUUUCUUCAUGGGGCCCCAACGCAAUCUUUUAGUUACCGAGUUGUUAUGUCUCAGUUGUCGGAUGCGGGGUUCCAUUGCUUUGCACCAGACUGGAUAGGAUUUGGUUUCAGUGAUAAACCACAGCCAGGAUAUGGUUUUAAUUACACAGAAAAGGAGUUCCAUGAUGCAUUGGAUAAACUGCUUGAGGUGUUGGGGGUCAAAUCUCCCUUUUUCCUUGUUGUUCAGGGAUUUCUUGUAGGUUCAUAUGGACUAACUUGGGCCCUGAAGAACUCAAGCAAGAUAUCAAAGCUAGCAAUACUAAACAGUCCAUUAACUGAUUCAUCUCUCAUUCCUGGACUUUUUCAGAAGCUCAGAAUUCCUCUGUAUGGUGAAUUUACAUGCCAGAAUGCUAUUAUUGCUGAGCGGUUUAUUGAAGGAGGUAGCCCUUACGUUCUGAAAAAUGAAAAAGCUGACGUGUACCGGUUACCUUAUUUGUCAAGCGGUGGACCUGGAUUUGCUCUACUUGAAGCUGCAAGAAAAGCAAACUUCAAAGGUACUUUCAGUGAAAUAGCAGAAGGAUUUGCAACUCAGAGAUGGGAUAAACCAAUACUACUUGCUUGGGGAUUAUCAGACAAGUACUUGCCCCAGUCUGUGGCAGAGCAGUUUCAGAAAGGAAAUCCAGCACACAUCCAGCUUAAAUUGAUUGAAGGAGCAGGUCACAUGCCACAAGAGGACUGGCCUGAGAAAGUUGUUGAUGCUUUGAGAAUGUUCUUCUGAUUUCAACAACUAACUGACCCUGCAAUCAUCCAAGUGCUUAUUUGAUUGGAAGGCCAUUUCUGAUUUUUUCCUUAAAUUGUAAAUUUAUAGUGCCUUAAUAAAAUUAUAACUUACUUGAAAUGAAUUUGUGCUCCAUUUCCUAAUAGAAAAUUAACUAUUGUCUUUUA